AGGUCAUACAGCGCGCGCGAGCCACGCGUGGGCAGUGUAACUCGUGUCGUCACCAUGCAUCCUGUGAAACUUUCCUUUGAUGAGACUCGGCUGAUUGACUCAAGGAGGCCGCUGCAGAUCAUAUUAUAUGGCCAAGGUCAUGAAGGGUGCGGAAGGCAGGAGAGCUUCGGACGGGACAGCCAGAGUGCGUACUAGGCGAGAGACGUUGCAUGGUGGCAGUCGUGCAGGAGGUCUCACCUGUUCAAGUGUGUCGCUUGAAUUCUUCUCGGGAUAGAAAGACCGCAUUUUGUCAGCACUGUCUGAAGGUCAAGUCGUGUGUCGACCGGCAGGAUGGUGGGGCGGAGAGCUUUCCUUCGUUGCUGCAGGGUGUUGCUGCUGCUACUGGUCUGCUGCACGCCCAACAUCGGUGCAUGGUUAUACAGCGAAGACCAUGGAGAAGGUGGGACGGACAAGUACCUCGCGAAGAGGCCAAGCGUGGCCACCCUGAGCAGCAGUCCGUCAAAGGCAGCUGAGGAACUCGCUAUCCCGCCCAUUCUGUAUGGCCGCAGACUACGCCGUCCCUUCUCAAAGCCAUGGUGGAGAUACAUAUAAUAUUUCACAGGUUGUGAGGAGUUACUGCGACCUUCAAUAAAGCAUCGAGGCAUGGAGGAUGUACUGUGCACAGCUUGCUUCAGGUAUUUGACAGACAUCCUUCAGGAAGGGAGAGCAUUUGGCGCUUCACUCGCGGUCAACAGGUGAUAAAAAAAGCUUACUGUACUCUGCUAUCUGUCUUAUCUUUUGUUAACCUUCACCACACAGUUCGUGGAGGGCGCUUUAUUAUUGUGCUUAAUGGAGGUCACUCGUCCCGCUGGCCAGUACAGAUCUUUAGUGAAAACAUACACACGACUUCCCGUUUUGUUAAUUUUGACAAUAUAUCCUCGGUUUGAAAAAAAAAAAAAAAAAAACAAUAAAACCACGUGUGUUUA